UGCGACCCUUGUUUUUUUCUGCUUUUUUUUUUUUUUUUUUUUUUUUUUUUUAUCAAAGCAAGCCACCUUGAACCCCCAAGACAGGCAGACAUUCAACAGACAGGGAGUCAGUCGUACGUCACCGUCGCAUGUUUCCGCCUGUUUGUCCGUUUUCUACCAAACUGCGUAUCCACUCAGCAAACCUGCCGCAGCAGCAUCAGGGCCAAACAAAAGGAUAUACUAAAUAUUCUGAAAAGGGAGUCUUUUAAUCUGGAGGCUAUACGACUUGUACAAGUCUUUCUGUGCAACACCCUUCCGAGUGCGACCCCACCGACAAAAUUGCCUGCCCGCCUUUGCUCAGCUUAGCAAGCAGACCGCAUUCCUGUCCGGGUCAGGUGCCUGUGCCAGCCGAGGCUCCGCAGACCCGCACAGCGUCUUUUGUGUUCAAGUUGUUUCUGUGUGUCUAAGUCCCGCCCCGGGUCCGGAAUCACUGCUUUCGCUUUUCGUCUCCACCCCUGUGCGAGCCGGUCACCGCUUCUUUUUCUGCAGCGGCGGAGUACUCUUCUUCGUUCCUAUACCGCACCCUGCGCGCUGCAUCCUUCGUCCCGGCCGCCGGUCCGCUUUCUGCAUCUCGCUGGAACAAGCCUCAUCCCCGGAGUUCAAGUGAGAAUAGACACCCCCACUCACCCAGUGGGGCCAUAUCACCAUGGCUGCCAUCAUCAAAGGCCUUUACGACUGGUUGCUCAGAACUUUCUGGGCAACUGAGAUGGAUGUGACAAUGAUUGGACUACAAAAUGCCGGCAAGACAUCUUUGCUACGAGUUCUUUCGGGUGGCGAAUUUACCAUAGACACGAUCCCUACUGUUGGCUUCAACAUGAAGAAGGUGCAGAGGGGUCACGUCACAAUGAAAUGCUGGGAUAUGGGGGGACAAGAACGAUUCCGCGGCAUGUGGGAAAGGUAUUGUCGCGGCGUGACAGCUAUUCUUUUCAUCGUUGAUGUAGCCGACUUUGACCAGAUACCAACGGCCAAGCAGCACUUGCACUCGUUGAUGGGAUGCGAGUCACUUGUGGGUAUCCCGCUUCUGGUACUCGGUAACAAAUCCGACCUACCGGACAAAUUAUCGGUCGACGAGCUGAUUGAUGCCAUGGACUUGAAAAGUAUAAACACGCGCGAGGUGUCUUGCUAUGGAAUCAGCGCCAAAGAGGAAACGAACCUGGAUGCGGUUAUCCAAUGGUUGAUGAAGUACUCUAGCAAAUGACGCCGUCUCACUUUUUUUUUGUUCUUACCAUCUUUCUUUCUUUUCUCUGGGGGGUUUGGUGUGGUAUGUGUGCGAUCCUCUUGUUCUUGUCGGUUUGAUAACAGAACGACGAUUGUAGCGGUGGAAUACUUUGCUGAAUCUUUUUGGGCUUGCUUCAUGGUUGGGCGUUUGCAUGUGGGAAUGCGGGCAUAUUGCAAAGCCGGGUUAUUGCGCAUCUGAUUAUCUUUUAAUCACUUUGUUUCAUCUCCUAGUGACGGUCCCAUUUGGUGAUAGGAAUGACAAUCGCGUCAAAGAAAUAUAAAAAAGAGCCUUCUUGACAUAGGAUCCGUCAAUUGGGAUGUAAGGCGCACACAUAUGUACUGCCCAUAUAUGUUCGAAGUUUGUCGGUGCAUUUUGUUUGUCAAAGACUCGGAUCGUAAUUUAUAUAUAUUUA